CCCACUCUUGUUCUUCAAAAACAGUCUUCCUCUCGGUGCACCGCAGAAGGCGACCAUAUCCAUCGCGCGCUUUGUUGUUAAUUCUGUUCCUCUGAUAAGGGCUGAUUCAUUGUUCACAUGGUGAACUAGUGAGAGGCCUAAACGCGACGAAAAAAUGUAUGAAAAGUGUCUCGCUCAGAUUUGUGCCAGAUUCAAGUGAUUGAUGUCGUGAAGAUGUGUCCCCCCAAGACCUUGCCCGCGUUCUUUGAGCACCCGUUGGUUCACUUCCGGCAGCGUUACGACUGGGAUUGUGGCCUGUCCUGCAUCAUUAUGCUGCUGGGCCGCCAGGAAAAGCAGCAGUUCCUGGCCAAUUUCAAGGAAAUUUGCACAGCUGGUGGAUUCGGAGAAAGCACAUGGACUAUCGACCUGUGUUAUAUUCUCAAGGACUUUGGCCUAAAGCAUAGGUACUUGACCACGACGUUCGGGGCCAACCCGUCGCACGUGGGCAAGGAGUAUUACAAGUGCUUCAAUGCUGACGAGACGCGCGUAAAUGAAAAGUUUGAAAACGCAUCGCGGAUUGGCAUUCUUAUUGAGAUCAAGUCGGUUCAAACGUCGUUCUUGAUCGAGCAUUUAGCCAACCAUGGUCCCAUCAUUAUGCUGACCAACGCCUCUCUACUGCACUGUGACUUGUGCAAAGCUAACAAGCUGUCGUUGGAGCUGAGGUCCUGCUUGGGUUUGAAACCUGCCUACAUGGGCCACUACAUCGUGCUGUGCGGGUACGAUCAAAGGAUAAACAAGUUUCUCUACAGAAACCCCGCCUUCAAAGACAGAGUGUGCUUCAUGUCGUUCGACGCGAUGGACCGGUCGCGGCGGGUCAGCGGAACCGACGAGGAUCUUAUUUUAAUCUACCAAAACGAGCCAUGAACAACGUCGUCGGCGCGGAGCGAUCCCUCAUCAUUUGCAUUUAAUUUAUUCCGGCCCGAGUCGCGCAAGGAUUUCGGAUUCCACAGCUGCACAAACCCACAGUGUCUUCAUCACAACGAUUUUUUUUUAUUCACUAUACUGUAUCAUAGCAAUAAUAACUUAUGCCCUAAAAGUCCUAGCGGGUAAUUUCUACUGAUGUGUGCUUUGUACAUAAUAGAUUUUAUCUCAUUAAAACAAAAUAAAACAAAUCAGUUUACAAUGCUUAA